AAAAUAAAAUGUUACGGUCUGACUAAAUGGUGUAGAGUGUAGACAGUCGGUUGAUAGCUUAGUUGUUUUAUGUACACAACUAAAAGUUCGUAAAUGAACACGUAGGUUGUUCGUUCGGGGUUGUUGUUGUUGUUUGUUGGUGUAAGUAAUAUGAAUGAAGCUGAAGCUUUAGAUUUUGCAAUAAAUCUAGAAAACUUUGACUUAUCUUCAGAAGAUGCGCUUGAUAACGUGGAUGAACAUAUACAAGAGAAUUUAGAAGAUGAUUUAGUAAAAAAAGCUUUAGAAUCGGGAGUUGAUUUGCGUGAAUAUGCAAAACAGAUUGAACAAGAUUUGCAAGCUGUCGAAAACACUUCAAUAGCGGAUUAUGUUACUGAAAGUGUUAAUAUAGCUCGAUUGCAUACACGAAUAGGAGAAUGUGAUGGGAUAUUGGAGAGAAUGGAAUCAAUGUUGCAUGGUUUUCAACAUGAUCUUAGCAGCAUCAGCGCUGAAAUUCAAUGCCUACAAGAACAAUCUGUUUUAAUGAAUAUCAAGUUAAAGAACCGACAGGCUGUGAAAAGUGAAUUAAGUCAACUGGUGGAUGAAAUGGCUGUACCGGAACUAAUGAUAAAUCAAAUCUUGGAUUGCCCAGUGACAGAGCGAGCAUUUCUAGAGCAGCUUCACGAGUUAAACCAUAAAAUAAACUUCAUUAAACAACAUUCAUAUAAUGAAACAGCUGCAUGUCGAGAUGUGCAAGAUGUUACUGAAAAAUUAAAGUUUAAAGCAAUUGCAAAAAUUCGUGAAUUUCUUCUAACUAAGAUUUAUUCUUUUCGCAAACCUAUGAGUAAUUAUCAACUUGGUCAGGAUGCCAUGUUAAAAAACAGAUUCUUUUAUGAGUUUUUGCUUUCAAAUGAGCGUCAUGUUGCACGUGAGGUACGGGAUGAAUAUGUUGAUACACUGAGUAAAGUUUAUCUAUCAUAUUUCAAAACUUACGUCAACAGAAUCAUGAAACUUCAGUUUGAGGAGUCAGCAGGUCGUGAGGAUUUGAUGGCCACGGAAGAUUCAUCAAGAAAAGGAUUCUUCUCUUCAUCUAAACCAGCCAUGCGGAACCGAUCAACAGUUUUUACACUCGGGAAGCGCGAUGAGAUCCUUAAGGAGAAAUUGGAAUCACCGAUCAUUGUCCCUCAUGCUGCACAGAAGAGUGAAAGCAAACAUUCCUUUGAAAGUUUGUUUCGAAGUCAACAUUAUGCUCUGCUUGAUACUUGCUGUCGUGAAUAUUUAUUCUUGUGUGAUUUCUUCAUGUUAAGUUCAUCUGCAGCACAAGAUUUAUUUAAUGCAAUCUUGGGAAAGACAUUAGCUCUUUUCUUGAAACAUGUUGAUACACAUUGUUCUGAAUGCCACGACGCAAUUGCUCUGUUCCUAUGUAUUCAUAUUGUGUAUAAAUACCAGGUAAUCAUGACUUCACGAGACGUAACAUCACUUGACAAUUACUGGGACACCGUGAAAGCAAUAUUAUGGCCACGUUUUGAACACUUGGUAAAGAUGCAUACCAGGAGUAUUGUGGAUUGUAAUGUUCAUAAUCUUUCAUCUAUUGAUAUCAGACCUCAUUAUAUUACACGCCGGUAUGCUGAAUUUAGUGCAGCUGUUGUAAGAAUUAAUGAAAAUUAUCCAAACCCCAAAGUUGAGCAAGUUUUAAGUCAGCUUCAAACUGAGGUUCAAAACUUCAUACUUCGUCUUGCUGCAUGUUUUAGUGAUAGAAAAGAUCAACUUGUCUUCCUUAUAAACAACUAUGACAUGAUGCUGUCGGUUUUAAUGGAAAAAACAACAGAAGAUUCCAAAGAAUCUGAAAGCUUUCAACAAUUGCUCAACAGUCGAACACAGGAAUACGUAGAGGAAAUAUUAGCUCCUCACUUUGGUGGAAUGAUGGCAUUUGUUAAGGAUUGUGAGGUGGUAUUGGAAUCUGGUCAAACAGAUCGACUCAAAGUAUUUGAGCAAAAAGUUGUUCCGUUGGUUCAAGGGUUUGCCGCUGGAUGGCGCACAAGUGUUGAUCUUAUAAGUCGAGAAGUCACUCGAUCGUUUACAAACUUUAAAGUUGGAAGCACUAUUGUACAGGCGGCAUUUACACACCUUAUACAAUAUUAUCACCGGUUUCAAAAACUAUUCACACAACAUCCAUUCAAAACAAUGCCUGCUAAGUCUGAUUUGGUGAACAUGCAUCUUAUAAUGGUUGAGAUGAAGAAGUAUAAACCCAACUUUUAAGUAUUUAUUAACGUGAAUGUUUAUACGCGUGCAAUAUUAUCUAUAGUAAAUACAGUAGUGUUGUAUCGUU